GCCAACGUUACUCUCUACCACUAUGAACUGCACACGCGUCGGUUUGGGCUCUGCGCUGCGGCGUGCUGCUUUCUCACCGAAAAUUGCGAGAAACCAGGUUGCUCUGCGUUCCACAUUCCCUAAGCGCACUGUGCAGACACAAUCGCUCCUACCCUCGGCUUCCGAACAAAUCUUGAACGCCCAACGCAUCAAACGCCCCUCCAGCCCUCACUUCACCAUCUACCAACCACAACUUACCUGGCUUGGAUCCAUUGCGAACCGCGUGACGGGAACUGGAUUGAGCGUUUUACUUUACGGCUUCUCCCUUGCAUACCUUAUUGCGCCUUCCACCUUCAGCACCGCUAACAUUGUCGAGACCGUCCAGGCUCUUCCUGAAUCCGUCAAGAUUGCAGCCAAGACAAUCCUCGCCGCGCCUUUUGCAUUCCACUCCUUCAACGGUCUCCGGCAUCUGGCGUGGGAUUCUGGAAAACUCUUGUCGCUCAGCGGCGCAUACAAGUCGGGAUACGCCGUGUUGGGUGCGACGGCCAUUGGCACGAUCGUGUUGGUGUUGCUGUAG